GAAUACAUUAACUUAACUUAUAUUUGUUAUUAGUUUGAUAAAUGUUGAAUAAAAGCAAUGACUAUUGGUCGACAUUUCCUGUGUUCUAUUAAACACGAUGAAGUGUCUGGUGAAAAGAGCGUUUUGUUACAACGUCGAAAUAAUAAUGAAGUUUUGUUAUUGCAUCACAAGGUUGCAAGCAUUUUAUGUCCAGAUGAAUUUGAAGCCAUAAAACGUCAUUUUGUCAAGAACUUGGAAGCUUAUGCUUGCCUCGGCGUUUUAAAACUCUAUGUAGAUGAAGAAUAUUGCUUUAUGUAUUUAUUUUUUGUCACUGGCUGUAUCUCAAUUGGUAAGAUAGCAUCUACAGAUAUUUAUCGUAUCAGUAACUGUUCAUAUCUUCCACUACAAGCUGCUAGUGAAUGUGAUUCUCGAAUUAAUGAUUUGCAAAAAUUGCUCAUGUCUGGUUGUUUUUAUUUUUCUAUAAACGGAGAGACUGAUAAUUGCUUUGAAUUAAGUCUGACAGCGCAGAACCAACAUUUUCAAAAAGUUCCAGACUCAAGAUUUUUUUGGAAUAAUAGCAUGCACAAUCAUUUAAAACAAUUUAAUAUUAAUCCCCAAAAUUGGUUUGUGCAAAUGAUGUGCGGAGGUGUUGAAAUACGAACAUUAUAUAUUGGGGCAAAGCAAGCUCGGGCAUGUUUAAUUUCACGUUUAAGUGGCGAGAGAGCUGGAACUCGUUUCAAUGUGCGUGGAACAAAUGAUGAUGGACAUGUUGCAAACUUUGUUGAGACUGAACAGCUGAUAAUCCUUGAUAAUGGAACUCGAAGUUCAUUUAUACAAACUCGUGGCUCUGUUCCACUUUUCUGGGAACAAACUGGUGUUCAGGUUGGAGCCCACAAAGUGAAAAUGAGUCGUGGUUACGAGGCUUCUUCUCCAGCCUUUGAAAGGCAUUUAUCAAACUUAAAGCAUAUAUAUGGGUACCAACUUCUUGUUAAUUUACUUGGACAUAAGGGAGGUGAAGCUAUUCUUAGUAAUUCGUAUAAAGACCAUCUUAAAGAUUCAUCUCACAGUUUUGACACGCAUAUGAUCGUGUUUGAUUACCACUCGCAUUGUGGUGGAGGUAAGACAGAAAACAUAAAAAUACUAAUGGAGAAAGCUAAGCCAUCUAUGGAUAAUUUUCAGUUUUUUACUUUGUUGGAUGAUAAGCUAGUAAGCUCACAGGUUGGAACUAUCAGAACUAACUGUAUUGAUUGUUUAGACCGAACAAAUGCAGUGCAAACAGAGAUAGGAUUAAAUCUUCUUAAGAAACAACUAGAAAGCAUUGGUAUCAAUGACCUUCAAUCACAAACAAAGUUUCAUGAAGCUAUGAAAGUUAUGUGGGAAGUAAAUGGUGAUCACAUAAGUCGGAUGUAUACAGGAACUGGUGCUAUGGAGGCUGGAACAAAAGGAACUAUCGGAAGUAAACUUCAUGAUGGAGCAAUAUCAGUCAAGCGUACUCUUAAAAAUAACUUUUUUGAUGGAAGCAAACAAGAAGCCAUAGAUAUUUUAUUACUUGGAAAUUCAUUUAUUGGAUCAGUUGGGGAACGAGCAAGAGCCUUGUUAGGAAAAUCUUUUUUAUAUGCACCACCAAAAAUUUUACGUGGUAUUUGUUUGCGACACAAACAGUUUACAAAAAUACACAAUAUGAGAGUAACUGUUAGUACUUGGAAUGUUAACGGUGGUAAGCACUUUCGUAGCAUUGCAUACAAGCAUCAAUCAAUGCAUGAUUGGUUAUUAGAUUAUUACAAACUUGCUAAAGAAGGCAUUUUGGAUAAUACUGAAACUUUCGAGAAAGUAACAGAUGUUUAUGCAAUUGGUUUUGAAGAACUUGUUGAUUUAAACACAGGAAACAUUAUUUCAACAAGUUCGAGUCAAAAAAAGGAAUGGGGUGCAAAGUUGCAAGAAGUUAUUUCACGCAAUCAUCCGUAUGUUUUAAUUUCUGCUGAACAGCUUGUUGGAGUUUGUUUGUUUGUGUUUGUCCGCCUUCAACAUGUUCCUUAUAUAAGAGAUGUUGCUGUGAGUGUUGUUAAGACUGGACUAAAGGGAAAUGCAGGGAAUAAAGGUGCUGUUGCAGUUAGAAUGUUGUUUCAUUCUACAUCUCUGUGUUUUGUUUGUGGGCAUUUUGCAGCUGGUCAAUCUAAUGCUUUAGAAAGAAAUAACAACUAUCAUGAUAUAUCUAGACGGUUGGCUUUUCCAAUGGGGACAUCUUUGGCGUUCCAUGACUAUGUAUUUUGGUGUGGAGAUUUUAAUUAUCGAAUUAAUUUACCAUACAAUGAAGUAAAAGAGUUGUUGAAAGAUAAAGAUUGGCCAACAUUGCUAUCUAAUGACCAACUACUAAUGCAUAAAGCAGAUGGCAAAGUUUUUGGUGAUUACAUUGAAGGUACAAUUAAUUUUCCACCAACGUACAAGUAUGAUCUUUUCUCUAAUGACUAUGACACAAGUGAGAAAAUGCGCACUCCUGCCUGGACAGAUCGUGUUCUUUGGAGACGAAAAAAGUAUGAUGUAGAAAGUGAAGAUGAAUCAGAUGAAGACGAUAUUCCCCCUGAUUGGAAAGUUAGUAAAGAUGAUUCCACAGACACAUUUAAUCCAGGAAAUAUUGUUUACUAUGGAAGAGCAGAGUUAAAAACUUCUGAUCACAGACCAGUCAUUGCAGUAAUUGACAUAGAAGUUGAACAGACACUUAAAUCCAAGUUGCAAGAAGUUCAAAAAGAAGUAAUGAAAGAUUCAGAACUUAACGAACCUACAGUUUCUAUUGAUGUUGAAUUUGAUGGGAGUGAAAUGGAAAUCGACUUGGACAAGCUUGUGCUACUGUUAAGUGAAUAUGGAAACCUUGUUAUGUUAAGACUUUUAGAUAAUAGAUUCUAUUGCACAUUUGAUAAUGGAGUUUCUGCAAAGAAUGCAGUUGAUCUCAAUGAGAAAAAGUUUGGUAAUGGAACAUUGCGUGUAACAUUAGUUUGUGGUAAUUAUUUACAACAUUCGGAAGAUUCUUUUGGCACUUUUGUUGAUGAUUUUGUUGGUGAUCUUAUUCAUAAAGAUGAAGAUGAUGAUGAUUUUAGUUUUAAUGACAAGCAAAAAAAGGUUCCAAGUAAACAACAUGAAAUUUCAAAACUAUUGUUUUCAGCAGUUGGGCGACAAGGAUCAAUAUUGGAACCUGAAGUUUUAAAUCAACAAGCUGAUUAUAUUGAAGAUUAUUUAGAAGAACUACCUGAUGAUAUAUUAGAAGAAGAAUUUCCAUUAGAAGAUGAAGAAGACAAGGAGUGUGAUGAGGAAGUAACUGCAAAGUUGAAGUAUGAUAUAACAAGCACUUUACCUUCUACAAAACCAAAACUCCAAGGAAAGGUUAACAAAGAUUCAGCUGUGAUAUCUGUUCCGCCAAAAAGACCAAAUAUACCUCCUUCAAAAGCAACUACAAAACCAGAAAAACCACAGCCACCUAUAUUGAAGCAUAAGACAAAUAUAAUUACUGAACAACCUAUUCCAGUAAGUUCCGUUUUAGAUCCUCCUAAUAGUCAAUCUGUUUAUCCUGUAAAAGCUCCUGCACCACCAAGACCAGCUACUGCACCCAAAAAAGCUGUCAACAAAGAAGAACCUUUAAGAGAAAUUGAAUCACGCCAAGUUGAUCUAAAAUUACAGCAAGCCAUAGGAAGUAAUGCUGAUGAUUCAGUUGAUAUUAAAGUUGAUGAUGGUGUUAGUAAACCUUUCAAUAUUCAGCAUUUGAUGCAUGUUGAUCAUUCUAAUGUAGAUGAAUUUAUUUCGAAGAUGACUCUAGACCAAACAAGCAAUAAAACUAGAAAAUUAUCUAUAAAAGCUGCAAAACCUAUACAUUCUUCAAAAAGUUUAAGUCAAUUACCACAAAUUUCAAAGCCUGCUACUGAACUAGUAGUUAACACUAAUCUAAUUUCAAGUGAACAGCCACCGAAAAAACCUGCUCCUCCAUCGAGAAUUCCAUCUCACAUCAGUAAAUCAAACAGUAUUGAUAGUUUUUUGAACACAGAAAUCCAAAAUGAGCAAAAUCAAAAGAAACCUGUUCCUUCGUUAAGAAUUUCUGAUAAUAUUAGUAGAUCAAAUAGCGUUGAAAGUUGUUUGAAUGCAGAUGUUCCUAAUAUUCCAGCUGUUCAUUCACUAACUGACAAGCAACCAAUUGUUUCAUCUUCACAACCUUUAAAGAAGCCUCCGCCAAGACCAAAAUUGCGACCAGUAACUUUAAAUUUAGAAGACAUGAUGAUGGAUAGUCAAUUACCUCACAAUAAUAUAAAAAAUAUACCAUCAAAUGUUUCAUCUCCUCUUGAAGAUUUUCAUCAAGUGUAUUCUAAAAAUCCCUCAAAGGGCUGGAGCAUUGGACAAGAGCAAAUCCCCAAAGAAAAUGCUAAUUUGGAUUUACAUCAAAAUCAUUUGCUAUCUAAAAAUUCUUUGUUAAAUUGUUCUGAAAUUCAAUCAUCAAACAGUUCUGAUGAGAAUAUUGAGGUUUUAAAUAAGCAGAAGGAUAUCAACAAAACCAUUCAUUCACAAUUAUCUGAUAAUAAUAACAAAAUAUCGGUUGAAACUUUUGGAAAGAACCGUGCACUACCUCCACUUCCGCCACGCUCUAAUGUUCAACCAGUGGAAUUGAUAAACAAAACUGAAUUUUCAUUAGAUUAUAUAUCCGAAAAUUCAAAUAUAUCUUUACAAUUAAAUGGAAAAGAAGCUCUAAAUAAAAUACCUCCACCUUUACCAAAACGAAGUGAUAUUAAAAUUCCACCUCCGCUACCCCCUAGAUAGCAUUUAAAUUGUUAAAGUGCAUUUUGUGCAAAAUGUUUUUUAAAUACCAUGUUAAUAAAGAAUUAUUUUUGUAUAGAGUUUUGAAUAUUUUUAAAAUUAGUUUUUUUUUUUUUUUUAAUCAAAACUAUUGAAUGAAAUCAGUUAUUUGGCAAAUGAAAUAAAGAAAACAAACAAAUAUUUUAAUAAUGAUUUUAUAUAUUUUUGGAAAAUUUUUUUUGAUUUAUUACAGCAUGCUAAAAAUAUCUAAAGGUAAUAAGGUUUAUUUUUGAUUAUUUUUGCUUAGUUAUUUAUAAAGCACUGUUAAUAAUUGUUUUUAAAACAGGAUUUCAUAAUUUUAUAAUUUGUAGCAUUGUGAGUAUACCACUAUUAUUAUUGGUUAA